AUGAGCUUUCUCUACCCCUUUGCGCCCUCAGACAGUCGUCGACAUAGCAGUAGCGGCAGCCAUCACGGCCACAGCUCCAGUCAUCGCUCCCACUCCAAGGACCGCCGUCAUCACCAUUCCUCCUCGUCCGUCAUCGGACACGGCUCCUCCUACGGCGACAGUCACCGCCACAGCCACAGCCACCAGAACGGAAGCACCCGCCAUACUGAGGGUUCGAUUUUCGGCCUAGGUUCCAACGCCAACCGAUCAAUGGCUUCAUCGAUCUUCUCCGCUGGUUCGUCGUCUCGUCGCGCAAAGCCGCGGGCGGGCUUCGUUCAUCGCAUGAUGCGCAAGAUCAAGCGGCUGUUUAGAGAUAUAAUGUACUACAUGAAGAGGCAUCCCAUGAAGGUGUUUUUCCUCGUCAUCAUGCCGUUGAUAACGGGUGGGGUGUUGCAGAAGUUGUUGUCAAAGGUGGGUAUUAGGAUACCCGGCCUAUCGUCGCUAUCGAAGGGCGGCGGCGGUGCUGGUGGCGGCGGUGGCCGUGAUGGGCUCAGCGGAGAGGGAAUAGCCGGCGGUGUCAGCGGAUUGAUGUCGCUGGCAAAGAUGUUUGCUUAA